AUGUUGGAAUUGUUGAACCAGUUAGAUGGUUUUGAAGCCACAAAGAACAUCAAGGUGAUCAUGGCCACGAAUCGAAUUGACAUUUUGGAUCCGGCGUUACUUCGUCCUGGUCGAAUCGACAGGAAGAUUGAAUUUCCUGCGCCUGACGAGACGGCACGACUGGAUAUUCUUAAAAUUCAUUCGCGGAAAAUGAACCUUACACGAGGCAUCAACCUCCAGAAAAUAGCAGAAGCGAUGCCUGGUGCUUCUGGUGCGGAAGUCAAGGCUGUUUGUACCGAGGCGGGAAUGUACGCACUCAGAGAGAGGCGCAUUCAUGUCACACAAGAAGAUUUCGAAAUGGCCGUAGCCAAGGUACUGAAUUUUAUUGAUGAAUACAAGGGUUAUAAUGAAGUAGUAGAACAAAAAUGUCUUGGUCCAAGGUCAACACAGGCACAAACAUAAGU